CAUAAGCAAAUAAAUAAAAAGGAAUUGGAACAUGAUUUUCGAAAAGUUUGUAAGGUUUACAAAAACUAUUACAACUUUUGUGGGGGAAAUACGUGACACAAGCGUUACGUGAAGAGAAAAAAAGAAAAGAAAAAAAAGCAAGAACAAAAGACUCAGGACGAUAACAUAAACAGUUCGAAGGAAAGGGUCCUCCAAAAAUUCAAGAAAAACAAGCAGCCAGUGAUGCCAAAGCACCUUCGUCGGUUAUACAGCUCAGAGCUCUUCUUGAACACAGAAUUCGAAGAACUUGAACGUAUCGAACAAAGGCAAAACACAGGCUUGCAGAAGUUAUGGGACAACCUACGAGCUGGGAGCUUCAACCUCCCAGAUAUGCGUUCUUACAUCCAGAAGGAGAUGUUACCAGGUGAUGGCAACGGGUUGGAGAAAAAACCCAAUAGUUACAUAGAAUUUAUCAGGAAGAUUGGAAGAAAGAAAGCCAAGAGAAAACCCUCUGAACCUGAUGUAAUCUGGGACCACCCUAGUGAAGAAUCAACAAGACUACAAGAAGACAAAGAAAAUGAUGUUAAAUGGCGUACUUGGGGACCUUAUCUGUCAGAGAGACAGUGGGGAACGGUACGGGAGGAUUACUCUGCCGACGGCAAUUGUUGGGACUACUUUCCUCACGAUCAUGCUAGGUCCCGUGCCUAUCGAUGGGGCGAGGACGGAUUGCUCGGCAUAACAGAUGAAGAAUGUAGGCUCUGCUUCGGUCUUGCGCUGUGGAAUGAGAAAGACCCCAUACUGAAGGAAAGAUUAUUUGGACUCACAGGAAACGAAGGUAACCAUGGUGAGGAUGUGAAGGAGUGUUACUACUACCUUGAUUCAACUCCAACCCACUCAUACAUGAAAGCAUUAUACAAAUACCCACAGAACGAGUACCCAUACAGGGACCUUGUUGAGGAGAACAAGAAACGAACCAAGGAAGACCCGGAAUACGAGCUAAUCGAUACAGAAAUAUUUGAUGGCAGCCGCUAUUGGGAUAUUUCCGUCGAGUACGCAAAGAACACACCAGACGAUCUCCUCAUUAGCAUAACCGUAGCUAACCGCGGACCACAAACAGCGCGUAUUCACGUGUUGCCAACACUGUGGUACAGGAACACGUGGGCAUGGAGCAGUAAGCACGAGGAGUGCAUGAACAUGCCACAAUUGACGCAAACUGCGCCUGGCAUGGUGGAAUGUUACCAUGACACCCUUGGAAAGUAUAUCUUUGCAGCUGAUGUUGGAACAGAUGGAGAGAUACCAGAGCUACUCUUUACCAAUAAUGAAACGAAUUUAGAGCGUCUGUAUGGAUUGAAGAAUUCCAGCCCUUAUGUCAAGGAUGCAUUCCACAACUACCUCAUUAAAAAGGACCAURAUGCGGUGAACCCUAAGCUAAAAGGGACCAAAGUGGCCCCUCAUUACGUCCUCGACAUUCCUGCAGGAAAAGCACAUACUAUCAGAUGUCGUUUGUCAGUACAGCCCGACAGAGUUCCGAAGCCGUUCGGGAAGGAUUCGUUCGAUGAGGUUCUGGCAACAAGAAGAAUGGAAGCAGACGCAUUUUACAGAACUGUUAUCCCUGAAUUGCUUUCACACGAAGAACGACUAGUCUCGCGCCAGUCAUACGCGGGAUUGCUGUGGAGCAAGCAGUUUUACUAUUAUAUUACAGAAGACUGGCUCAAGGGCGACCCUAACAUGCCUACCCCGCCACACUCCAGGACGAACGGGAGAAACUCUGAAUGGAAGUAUUUACACAAUAAAGACAUUAUAUCGAUGCCAGACAAAUGGGAAUAUCCUUGGUACGCCUCUUGGGACCUGGCGUUCCAUAUGCUUCCAUUUGCUAAAAUCGAUCCAGAGUUUGUCAAAGACCAGUUAUUACUAUUCCUAAAAGAAACCUACAUGGCGCCUAACGGUCAAAUACCUGCUUACGAGUUCGCAUUGAGUGACGUCAACCCGCCUGUUCACGCUCUCGCGUGUUUUCGCGUGUACGAGAUGACCGCCAAAAAAGAACAGAGAGACAAGGUGUUCUUAGCCAAGUGUUUUCAGAAACUGUUGUUAAAUUUCACCUGGUGGGUCAACAGAAAAGAUCCUGAAGGGAGAAACAUUUUUGGAGGUGGAUUCCUUGGUCUGGACAAUGUUGGCGUGUUUGAUCGUUCAAAGCCAUUACCUGGUGGUGGUCGCCUUUGCCAGGCUGACGGCACCGCUUGGAUGGCCCUGUAUUGCAUCGUGAUGCUUAACAUCUCUUUGGAACUUGCUCUCUCGGACCCAAGUUACGAAGACAUGGCAUCCAAAUUCUUCGAACAUUUCACCCACAUUGCACGAGCAAUAAAUAAGAUGUCAGAUGGCUAUGGCUUGUGGGACCCCGAGGACGGCUUCUACUACGAUCACUUCCAAACUGGACACAAGACAUUCCCACUGCGCGUGCGCUCCAUCGUUGGCCUGGUUCCCUUGCUGGCCUGUUGGGUCAUUGACUCAGAGUAUCUUGAAAAACUGCCAGGUUUCAGAAACCGGUUGAACUUGUUUGUCGAGAAGAGAAAAGAUCUGGCGUCACAGAUCGUGUACUUGGAUCCAAUCAGCGACACACAUCUGCUCUCUAUCCCAUCCGCUGAGCAACUCCACAGUCUGCUGUCGUACAUGCUUGACGAAGAAGAGUUUCUUUCUCCUUACGGCAUUCGUUCAGUGUCCAUGUACCACAGUGAUCAUCCUUACACAUUUGAAUUAGAUGGCAAGUCCUAUCAAGUGGACUACGUGCCAGGAGAAUCAAAUACAUACAUGUUUGGAGGCAAUAGCAACUGGAGAGGACCAGUUUGGAUUUGCAUAAACUACCUGAUCGUAGAGGCUCUCAAACGCUACGACCUUUUCUACGGAGAAACCUUCCAAGUAGAAUGCCCAACAGGCUCUGGCAACCUGAUGCGACUGCGUGACGUAGCUCAAGAGCUUUCUCGUCGUCUGACGUCAUUAUUCCUACCUGAUGAGAACGGUAAACGACCCUGCCAUGGCAACGAGCACCAGUAUGCUGAUGAUCCAAACUGGAACCAGUUAGUCCUGUUUUACGAGUAUUUCCAUCCCGAAACUGGACGGGGAUGUGGCGCUAGCCACCAAACAGGUUGGACAGCUCUUGUGUCUCCUCUACUCGAUAAACUAUCAGCCUAUCGAGGACGUUCGCCCUCGGUCUAACUGGAUCUCUCCCUCUUCACAAACGGUUAGUCAGCCAGCCAGCGUGUAACCCACACAAGGCCACUCUAUCCAGUUCAGAAGCCCUAGGAUCCACUUCAAUGGUUGCUGAUACGAAGUUACCACUGGUAUACUCUUGCUUUUUGCGCAAGAUUAACAUAGAGAUAGCCGAUCAGACGCAGCAGCCAGUUAACCUGGGGCUGUAUACCUGAGGCUGUAAAAAAACCUGGGGCUGUAAACCUGGGGCUGUAAACUUGGGGCUGUAAACCUGGGGCUGGUGCCUUUAGCAUUCAAGUCGUUCUUGACGAACAAGGUGAUAUCAUGUAAUGACAUACUAGGAGUAUAUGAUUAUACCACAUGUCAACAUGUUGGAUGGUAUGGAGUUUGUAGACAAACAUCCAUUCACAUUUGCAACACCUUUCGUUCCAAAUUCCAAGCGUUUUACGUCAUUCAAUCUUCUCACGCAUUACCAACUUAUCAUAGUUAGUUAAGAUGGUAGAGCAAAUUCCGUGACUCUGGAAAACUUGUAAACGGUACCGAUAUGCCGUACUGUGUCCGUGCCAUGCUCCACGUCUGUGAUUGGAUAAUUUGCAAUCUCGAGGGCUGUGAUUGGUCGACCAAUGCCGUACUGUGACCGUGCCACGCUGCAGGUCUGUAAUUGGAUAAUUUGCAGCCUCGAGGGCUAGGAUUGGUCCAAAGUCAGUAUUCGGUCAUGUAAUCACACCGUGAUUAUUACCAUUAUUACUCACUCUUAACCGGCCACAAUUUCUCCUAUGCAGCCUGGGUGCUAAUAAGAAAACUUUUGUUAAAUGGCACCAACGAUCCCCCGAGAGGCCGCGAUGACGUAACGUGCAGUCGAAGAAUUAGUGUCGUCACGCAACCGGCUCACUCGACUAAGUAGCUAUUUAGCGAGUGAGCGUUGCGUUACGACACUUAUAGCAAAUUAUUGUAAAAUUAAUUUUUGACACACAUCAGUUUGAAUUCGAUGCUUAUACAACCGUUUUCGGAAGCUGCAACUUUAAAACAAUAAAUAUCCUAUGCUUCUUUGAUCGUAAAUGAGGAUGUAAAUAACAUUGUAAAUAAGGAAUGGGGCACGAGAUAUUGAAGGGUUGCGGAUAUUAUGAAUUUACCAUCCAAUACAUUUUUUUUGUUAUUAGAUAUGGUUUAUUUAGUAUUUUCGUUUUGGGUUAGUUAUUACAAACGAAUAACGAUGUAAAAUUUUAAAUUAUUGAAAAUCAUGAAUUUUGUAGAUUUGUAAAAAAAAAAA